CCAUGUGCGUAGUUUUAGCGCGUUCACGAUACCGGCACACUGGCUGCAUGAUGGCUGAGGGAGGCGGACCCGAUUCGGGUAGCGCGGCAGACUCCGACUCGGAGCCGGUAGCCGCACAAAUACCUACCCCAUCAACGGAAAAUCAGAAACAAACUAUUGGGUCACUAUUGAAAACAACUUUAAAAAGAGGGGACGAAUGGUAUCUAAUAGACAGCCGGUGGUUCAAACAAUGGAAAAAGUAUGUGGGGUUUGACAGCUGGGAUAUGUACAAUGUUGGAGAACGUAGCCUCUAUCCGGGACCAAUUGAUAACUCUGGACUAUUCUCAGACCAGGACACUCAGGCCCUGAAAGAGCACCUUAUAGAUGAACUAGACUAUGUCCUUGUACCCACGGAGGCAUGGAACAAGCUUGUCAGCUGGUACAGCUGUCUCGAGGGCCAGAAACCAAUCGUCAGGAAGGUGGUUGAACAUGGCAUGUUUGUGAAGCACUGUAAGGUGGAAGUCUAUCUGCUGGAGCUCAACCUGUGUGAGAAUGACAACAUGGACAACGUCAUCACGCGCCAUUUUAGUAAAGCUGACACCAUAGAUACAAUAGAGAAGGAGAUGCGGAAGUUGUUUAAUAUCCCUUCAGAAAAGGAGACUCGACUCUGGAACAAAUACAUGAGCAACACGUAUGAGCAGCUGAAUAAGCCAGACAGCACUGUACAGGAUGCCGGACUCUUCCAGGGACAGGUGCUCGUGAUUGAACGCAAGAACGAGGACGGCUCGUGGUCGAGGCAACCUUCCCAUCCCAAAUCCAGCGCAACCCCAUCUCGGAAUUUCACCACCUCCCCAAAACUGUCCUCCAACUCAUCAGUCAGUACGUCGCCAACGGUAACCAAUGGAGACAGCAGCUCCAGCCCCGGGUGCACGCUGAACAACAGUACCUCCUCCAGCAACAGCAGAUUCGGGAGCUACAGUUCCUACAGCUCCUACAACUACAGAGAUUCCCAAUCCCAACCUGGCCUGUGUGGGCUCAGUAAUCUGGGAAAUACGUGCUUCAUGAACUCUGCUCUCCAGUGCCUGAGCAACGUGUCUCCGCUCACCGAGUACUUCCUCAACGAUCAGUACGAAGCAGAGAUUAACCGAGAGAACCCGCUGGGAAUGAGGGGGGAGAUUGCCGAGGCCUAUGCAGAUUUAGUGAAGCAGAUGUGGAUGAGCCGCAGCACUUACGUGGCACCUCGUACUUUCAAAACCCAGGUUGGGCGCUUUGCUCCACAGUUCUCAGGCUACCAGCAGCAAGACUCGCAGGAGCUGCUGGCCUUCCUGUUGGACGGUCUCCAUGAAGAUCUGAACCGUGUCAAGAAGAAGCCUUAUCUGGCCCUGAGGGAUGCAGAGGGCCGGCCGGAUGAAAUCGUUGCCAAGGAAGCCUGGACCAACCACCGCUUACGCAACGAUUCAGUAAUAGUUGAUAUCUUUCACGGCCUCUUCAAAUCAACGCUGGUGUGUCCAGAAUGCUCCAAGGUAUCUGUAACCUUUGACCCCUUCUGCUACCUCACGCUGCCUCUUCCCAUGAAGAAAGACCGUACCAUGGAGGUUUUUUUGGUGCGAUCAGACCCUCAAUCCAGACCCACACAGUAUCGAGUGGUGGUCCCCAAACUGGGCACAGUGACAGACCUGUGCAGCGCCUUGUCCAAACUCUGUGGAAUUCCUCCAGAGCAUAUGGUGGUGGCAGAUGUUUACAAUCAUAGGUUCCAUAAAAUUUACAGACGAGAUGAUGGCCUCAACCAAAUAAUGGAGAAAGAUGAUAUUUUUGUGUACGAGGUACAGGAGGAGGACAGGGAAAGGAUGAACCUGCCCGUGUAUUUCAGGGAGCGCCACUCCAAACACAUGGGAAGCUCCUCGAGCACCUCGCUGUUUGGCCAGCCUUUACUCAUCAGCGUCCCCCGACAUAACCUGGUAGCAGAUGUUCUUUAUGUCAAGAUCCUGGAAAGGAUUGGGCGUUAUGUAAAACCUGCACACAGCCCUAAUGGUAGCAGAGCGUCGGCGUCUGCCACCAUAACCAGCUGCAACCAGGCUUCUGAAUGCUCCACAUCAUCCAGCCUGGGGGGCUGCGGCAGCCCCCAGUCGGAGGGGGCCUCGUGCAGCUCCAGUAAUGGCAGCAACCACUCAGGAACGUGCAGCGAAGCUAACGGGAUCUAUGAUGCUGAAGAGGAGGCCAUGGACCACCAGGUGAGCCCGGAACCGGAGAACGGUCAGUCUGAAGAGGAGGAGGAGGCUUCUGAUUUGGAAAAUGGGUCCAAUGGAGAGACAUCCAAGCUGUUCACCUUCAGCGUAGUCAACUCUUACGGGACAGUCAACAUCAGCCCGCUGCCUUGUGAUGGGAAUGUCCUCAAACUUAACCCACAUUCUACCGUGGCCAUCGACUGGGACACGGAGUCAAAGAAACUGUGUUAUGAUGAGCAGGAAGCAGAGGCCUAUGAGAAGCAUGAGAGCAUGCUGCAGCCUCAGAAGAAGAAAACCACUGUGGCUCUGAGGGAAUGUAUUGAGCUCUUCACCACGAUGGAGACUCUGGGAGAACACGACCCUUGGUAUUGUCCAACGUGUAAGAAACAUCAACAGGCCACGAAGAAGUUCGACUUGUGGUCGCUGCCGCGCAUCCUGGUGGUUCACCUGAAGCGUUUCUCCUACAAUCGAUGUUGGAGAGACAAGCUGGACACCCUGGUGGACUUCCCCAUCAGGGAUCUAAACAUGUCCGAGUUUGUGUGUGACCCCAAGGCGGGCCCCUACGUCUAUGACCUUAUUGCUGUUUCUAACCACUAUGGAGGAAUGGGGGGUGGUCACUACACGGCUUAUGGGAAGAACAAGGUGGAGGAAAAGUGGUAUUACUUUGAUGACAGCAGUGUCUCGUCUGCCUCAGAAGACCAGAUCGUGACUAAAGCCGCCUACGUGCUGUUUUAUCAGCGCAGAGACGAGGAGAGCCACGCCACACCUCAACCAUCUGCCUCACUGGGAGGCGCCCCCGAAUCAGCCGACGACCACAUGGACACAAAUUAGUGAACACACACUGAAAAUGUCAGGUGGACACCUGGAUACGCACACACAAUCCUUCUGUUGUGACAAAGGAUUCCACAGACUUAAACCCGCUUCCCUUCUAUUUGGUUUGAUUUUGGUUGUCGUUUUUUUGGCCAGAGCCAACAGCCUUGUCUGAAGAGUGAACUCUCCACAGCAGGUGGCCGACGGAGUCCUGCUCAUAGCUACUGGUUUGGAUUCAGGAGGAAUUCUGAUGCAUAUAGGUCCUCUCACUGGAAGAACAGAAUGUUAGAAGUGCCCUCCAAUGUGUAGAUAAGCAAAUGUUUCUGUUGCCCAUGAGAACAUUCUGCAUUAUUUAAAUAAUAAUAAGCCAAAUGCUCGUAUUGUUUCAACCAAAGCAUUCAGAGGUAUUUAUGGAAAAAUGGAGCAUAAGCAAGCAAGAUGCUGGAGUUGUGUUUAAGCUAACGGCUAAUACGGUAGCUCUGCUUAUGCAAACGCAGACCUACCAGGAGACGAGUACCCGGGAUGAUCAACGCUUCCACCUCCAAGCUGCCUGUUUAUGGGUGGAGCUGUGGAGGUGGUGUUGCUUCAGGUUAGCUGCUGCAGCUUUGCUCCAGCGCCGCUAUCAUGAAGGAAAUAUCCUUAACAUUUGCAUCAUCGGUCCAGCCUGGUUUUUGUUUUCCCAUAAAUCCACAGCCUUGGUUGUUCUGCUCAUCGUGCCCCUGAUGAAGAAAAGUUCUACACUGAUAACGUUUUUAUUUUUGUAAUCACAAAGGGGUAAAAAGACAAGAGGAGAAGAAAAGAAAAGCGGCCUUUCUAUUCCUGCAACCUGACAAAAAGGAGGCACUUUCAAAUCUUCCUGAUCUACCUGCUUCUAGUGUAACUAGACGUGACACAGGUGUGUGUCGCGGCCGUGGCGUUGAUGCUUAGGCCUCGUCUCACACACACACACACGUACACACGGAUCAUUUUACCGUCUUUAUAAGGAUAGACUGGUUGCUGCCUGAUUAGCCUCCUAGCUCACCUGCGAUAGCUUCUUCUCAUUAGUUGUGUACAGUCAUGCAGCUCUGUAUUGAAAAUGGCUGUUGUUUGAUAUUUUCGAAGCACGCCGAGUGAAACUAAAGUAAACUAGAAUGAAAGUGGUGCUUUAUUCGUCACACUUGAACUUGCUCCUGGCCAUGAAGGCGUGUCCGUGCAGGUGAGAGGGGGCGGGGUGGCCGAAUGUGGGCAGUUUGAAACAUCUCAGCUGUUGGGUAAUAAAGUCUGGUAUCAUAAGGAAAGGGUAUCUCCUUAUUUAGUCUGUUUGGGCUUUAAAUCUACAGGUACAGCACAGUGACAUGGAAACAAAAUGAUGUAGGAUGGUUAAUCGAAACCAGCUUAAGUCCUGCUCAGUUGCACCAUAACUGCGUGGCGGGGUCUGACAUGAUGGCCUUCAGCAGUAAAUUUAAUCUCUGCAGUGAGAUUAUUAAUGAAACACUUUCAGCAAAAGGAAAAUCCUGAUAAGGAAUCUGAGACUCAAAAGUCACCCAAAAGAUGUAAAUGUUAUUUUAAUAGGUGUUUAAAUUCUUGUCCACAUAUUUAUCAUGUUCGCUUCUAAAUGAUGAAUAUUUGAAUCCAAAACACAAUAAAGCCCAGGAGCAUCA